CUUUGAAAGACGCUUCAGCCGUUUGACAUUAUCGUUCUUCAAACAUCGGCUUCAUUUUCAAUCAGAAAAUUGCCAGAUCUGUGUUUUGUAUAUAUAUUUUUUAUACCAAUUGAACGCAUGUAAAUAAUAAAAAAAAACUUGAUCAACAAAUCAAACCGAAGACAUGAGCGAAAUUAUUGCGGAACAAGUACAGGAGGAGGUGGCGUCUUUGCCUUCGCCCCCGGACCCAGAUCCGGUCUCACCUUCGGUCUCGUCUUCAUCUUCGACAUCGACUGUCUUAGAUGACAGUGAAGGCGAAAUUCCAUCACCACAUGAUAUUUUGACUGAAUUUGUGACUUCUAUGGAUUCGGGAGCGAUGCGUUCCGAGCUGGCAGAUGAUUGCAUUUUUCAAUUCUUCGGACGUCAUGUGCGCGGCGCCACUUCCAUCAUGGGCUAUGUACGCAGCCAGCUGUUAGGAAUUUUCCAUCACGAGAGAUUCGUAAACACACAGAUUGUGUCCCAGGCCCAUGAGCUGAUACUUAAGGAGACUUUUGGUCGUUCAUUUGAUGCGGUGCGCCGUCGCAUUUACGAGCAGAAGGAACAAGACCGUGCCACCACUCUACACUUACGUGCAGAAAGUGAUGACGAGGAGGUGCCCAGCAGCAAUCCCAUUAACGUUCAAUUGGUCACCCCACCACGUGCCUCCAGCGUAUCCAUGGAUCAGCUUACGUUCAUAGAGGCAUGCGGCGUCCUCAAAAGACUGGAAAAGGGGACCUUCAGUGGGGGAAUUAUUCGUGGUGACCGGGUGCCCUUGCAUCUGACCCUUGGCUAUCGUCUUACCCCGUUCGUCUUCCAAAAUCGUCGUAUUAUUGAGAUCUGUUUGGCGGUUUACGAAAAGUAUCCCUUAAAGCUGAAUCGAUCGACGUUGGAGCCAAUGCCGGGGGUGGAGGAGAUUUUCGGUGUAAGACGCCAGCGCAGCAAUUCAUUUACUAGUGCCACCUCCGAGACCGAUGACGAGGACGAGGUAGUGCCUCAGGCCAGGGUGCCUCAGGGUCUCAGUGCCUGUCGUAUUCUGUUUGCAAAAGGCUCUGACAAGGAAACUGAUGAGGAGGAUGAUGAGGACGAUGAUCCCGCCCUGCUUGAAGACUCCCUGCACUCCCAGCCAGAUCAGUCACUCGAAGAGGAUGAAGAGGAGCCGGAACAUCAAGGGGAGGAGCAACUGCAGCCGCAGCCAGAACCGAACACGGAACAAACUGAAGAGACCCCAGCAUCAUCAACAUCAACCACCCAAGAGGAUCCAAAUGCCGUGGUGGCCACCACUUCAGCAUACAAUCCUGAAGAGGAAAAGUCUAGUAUUUGCAGCCUGACACCACGCAAGCGCCCCCAAAGCACCAGCAAUGUGUGCGAAGUUGAGCCAAAGCGCGGAUCUAUGUGCACUCCUCUGCGCACUCGCAUGCGUUUCUAGAUCGUUUGAUCCGUUCCCAUACCCAAUACCCAUUCAUACCAUAUAAGUUUCCCACAUCCCGACCAAAUCCCAGUAGAAAAUUGUUAUUAAGGGUCGUGCAUAUCGAAGACCCCUGGAAAUUUUUGGAAUGUUACAAAACAAAUAGGACGUUAUUCGGGUGUUUCAAAAUUGUCACCUGCAAUUGAAGACUGAAAUGCCCCGAACGGGGCGUAGGCUAGUCGCCAAAUAUGUAUUCUAUUUACAUAAAACAAUUAAUUUUACACAUAUGUUAUAGUUCGAUGUUGGUGCAAAUCCGUAUCUUUUGCAUAUUGCAAAACAAACAAAUUAUGAUAUAGUGCAUCAGGUAUCCCACAAUGGGGAUAUCUAUCUAUUAACGAUUUGCACAUUUGGACAUUUAAAUAUCUAAAGACAAUAAUGAAUUGUUAUACAAAUCAUGACAUAUACCAGUUAUAUAUUUGAUAUUGAAAAUUCAUUGCGUACAACAAAUUACUGUUAAUUAAAAAAAAAUUUAACCAAAAAUA